AAGAUAGGUACCCCUAUAUAGGAAGUGUUAAUUGGCAUUUCCGGUUAAUUAGUUAAUCCUUCCGGUUAAUUAGUUAAUCCUUCCGGUGACUUCCGGUAAACAAUAGGGGAGUGUUAAUGAGUUAAUUGGGGUGUCCUUCCGGCGGAAGUUACGUAAUGAGGGUACAUCCCCUGGAGGAAGUUCUUUUGUUUACAUCAUUCAUUCAUUCAUGGAGAGGUGGAGGAUGGACGUGUGUAGGGUACGAGGGACAAGGACCAAAUGACCAAACAAUGGGCCACCCGGCAUGUAUGUUGAAUGUGUGUGUUACCGACCAAUGAGAAUGCGAGGAUUUUUUUAGAAAGGAAGUGACCCAAAGUUGGUACUUGUUUGUGAUUGGACGAGAGAAAAUGGUGAACCUAUGGGCAAGUAUCAUAUGACAUCUAACUGUCGUUGAGUCAACAUCGCUUUGUUUUUGUUGUAAUACUGGCCAGAUUCUAUAAUGUACCAUGAUUUCUACAUGUGAUUUAAUGCACAAGCUUCGGGCAUGUACAUGCCUGGAAGAAGUAUCGAGUUUUCGUGAGGAAUAUUAUGAAGACCUUGAACCAGAACAACAUGCUUUGGUAUUUGCAAGGUCAUCCUACUUUUUGAGUUUGCAGGACUUGGAAGAUGGGAUUACCGAUGAUGAUUUAGUGGAUGUGUUCGUCGAGAACCAACAGCCCCCUCUCCCCCUAGCAACGCAGCACCAGCAAGGUCUUCCACAUGACGCAGCUACUCCAUGGCAACCAAAUUUUGAUGACGGCAUUUCCGAUGACCAUUUAAUGGAGAUGGACAUCAAUACAAAUAAGCCAUGUGACGCAACAUCAGUACCUGGCCCCUCUAACCGCCAACCAGCAGCAACAGCAGUGGCUGGACCCUCCCGCCAUCCAGCAUCAGCAGUGGCCGGACCCUCCCGACAACCACCAGCAGUGGCUGGACCUUCCCGUCAACCAAGAGCAGUGGCCGGACCCUCCCGACAACCACCAUCAGUAGCCGGACCCUCCCACAGUCAACCAAGAGCAGCAGCAGUAGCCGGACCCUCGUCUUUUCAUGUUGGGGGAUCUAAGAAACGUGUUGUAGAUGCACCGCCUGCAAGAGAACCCAAUCUCCCUACUCAUCACGUGACCAAAGUGAGUCAAAAACAUGUACGCAAAUACAAUGCUAAUGUAACUGAUUACACCGUUUCUUUCCAACCCAUAGAAAAUAACGGUCCCAUGAUAGAAAUGAUGCCACGCGUAAAUGAGAUGUUUGAAAAUAUCAUUGAAGAGAUGGUUGAGGGGGUAAAUGAUAGAGAUUUUGUUAGGAUUGUUUUCAAUUCCCCACAAUUAGAUAGACCCGUUAGUAUGCCAUUUGUAAGGAGGGAUCAAAUGAAUCACGAAGCAUUUGCAACCAAACUUGAGAAUACUAUUCAAUCGAAUGAUAAGGUAAGCUUGGACGAAACAGUCUCUUUCAACAUAUUACACAUGGCUAUGCCAAAUGGUGGUGGUUCCAAUGUGAAGUGCUUAACCAUCGAAGAGACAUUGUCCAGAAAAAGAUGCAUCAUCAGGAUGAAGAAUAAAGAUAACAUGUGUUGUCCAAGGGCUAUCGUAACUGGCAUUGCCCGGAUUGAAAAACACCCUAAUUUUGAGUCGAUCAAACGUGGUUACAAACAGCAAAGGGAAUAUGCCAUUGAGCUGUAUAAACAGGCCAAACUUCCAGAAAAUACCAAAUGUGGCAUCGAAGAGAUUAAACUCUUCGAAAAGACGGAAUUCAUGGCCGGUUUCAGGGUGGUGGUUGUUUCAAAAGAGCACUUAAACUUCAUUACGUAUGCUGGCCCCGAAGACAGGCAGCAUACCAUUUAUCUGUAUGUUCAUGACAAUCACUUUGAUCUCAUUACUUCAAUGGCCGCCUUCUACAACAAGUCAUAUUUUUGCCACGAGUGUUUGGUAGGAUACGACAAGAAACUCAGACACGACUGCAUUUUCCGCUGCAAACUUUGCAAGGGAGAUGACUGCCCCGCCUCCAAUGACCCCGAUUCCUACAAAUUGUGCAAAAAAUGUAACCGUAACUUUAAGAAUGCUCAUUGUUUGUCAAAUCACAAGCAACAUGGCGUAUGUGACCUGUACUUCAAAUGCCCCGAGUGUCAGAUUCUUUGUAACAGAGAGACGCUUAGAAAGCAUAAAGCCAAGCACAUUUGCGGCCAAACUUUCUGUCGAUUAUGCAAAAAGUAUGUUAAUCCAGGUCACAAAUGCUACAUUCAAAAAGAACCACAACGGGAAGAAAAGGAUGACUCUUCCGAUGAGGAGGAGGAUGAGGUUAGGCGCACAUUGACAAAUGAGGAGAUGGAGGAGUUAGGGCUUAAUAACGCAACGGAGAGAGUUAUGGUUGAUGAUGAUGAUGAUGAUGUUACUGACCCUGGUAGGAAACCCGCUGGUCUAAGAAAUCUCAAUAAAUACGUCUUUUUUGACUUUGAGUGCACCCAAGAAACGGGUCUGCAUGUUCCUAACUAUUGCGUGGCCCAUAGGGCAUGCAAGCAUUGUGCUGAAAAGCCAUUUGAAGAAGAGUGCAAACGCUGUGGGAAGUUAGAGGACAAGCAAAAGGUUUUCAAAGGUCCUAAUACCGGGGAUGAAUUCUGCGAGUGGGUAUUUGGAUCCAAAGAGAAUUCACGCUCUGUUUUCAUUGCUCACAAUUUCAAGGGGUAUGAUGGUGUUUUUAUCCAAGAUUAUCUCUAUCGGAAUUGCAUCAUCCCCAACCUCAUACUUGCUGGAGGGAAAAUCAUGAGCAUGGAUGUUUCAUUCAAUCAGAUCAAAUUCAUUGAUUCUUUGAACUUUUUUGCCAUGCCCCUUUCUGCUCUUCCCGCUACAUUUGGAGUGGAGGAAUUGAAGAAGGGUUUUUUUCCGCAUCUCUUCAAUACGACAGCCAACACUCAUUAUCAGGGGCCCGUACCAGAUGCCAAGUACUAUCAUCCAUCUGGCAUGUCGCCAAAAAAGAGGGAAGAAUUCCUUGAAUGGUAUGAGAAGGAGGUUGCAUCUGGAAAAGAUUUUGUAAUGGAGGAUGAAAUACAUGCCUAUUGUGUGAGCGAUGUUGACAUAUUGAGGCAAUGUUGCUUGAAAUUCCGGAGCAUGUUUCGAGAGAUCACCAAACUCAACCCAGAGGAUACGGGUGUUGACCCAUUCUCGAAAUGCAUCACCAUCGCUUCUGCGUGCCAUUUGGUGUAUCGGAGAAAUUUCUUAAAUGAAAACUCCAUCGGUGUCAUUCCUCCUCUUGGUUACGCACCAAAAGACAUGCAGUCUAACAAGGCAUUGAGAUGGUUGGCGCAUGUCGCGGAACAAGAGAAUAUCUACAUUCAGCACGCGAGAAAUGAAGGUGAAGUGAAAGUGGGUAGAUAUUACAUGGACGGUUAUUGCCUAGAAAACAAGACCGUGUACGAAUUCAACGGUUGUUUCUGGCACGGCUGUCAAAAAUGCUACUCAUUCAACACAGACAGUGGUCGACCUGGAGUGAAGAAAACGAUGGGGGAGCUAUACCUCGACACGCUCGAGAAAGAAAGGUGCGUACAAAACAUACUUAAAGAUUGGAAGUACGUUACGAUGUGGGAGUGCGACUGGAAAAAAGAAGAAAAUUCCAUCCCUCAACAUAUCAAGCAAAGCUUGCCUAACCCCAUCCCCCUCAAUCCUAGAGAAGCAUUCUAUGGAGGUCGUACCAAUGCCAGCUGUCUGUUGUACGAAUGCAAAGCUGGUGAAAAAAUAAAAUAUGUCGACUUCACUUCCUUGUACCCCAGCAUAAACAAAUACGGGUCUUACCCAGUAGGCCAUCCCCAGAUCAUCACGCAAAACUUUAAAGAUUUGUCGGAUUAUUACGGUCUGGUAAGAUGCAAAGUAUUACCUCCCCAAGACUUGCUCCAUCCUGUUCUCCCAUGCAAGGUGAACGGUAAACUUCUCUUCCCUUUGUGCUACACUUGUGCAAAAAAUGUCCAGCAGACACCAUGUACGCACAGCGAGAAUGAACGCAUCAUUCACAGCACAUGGGUUACCUUGGAGGUGGAGAAGGCUGUGGAAAAGGGGUACAAGGUAAUUGAAAUUGAAUCUGUCUGGCAUUUUGGAAAGUUGGCGCAGAAUCUCAGAAACAAGCGCAUUCCCAUUGAUAUGUUAGAUGUAGAUAACCUCUAUAGGGCCAAUGGACUGUUCACCGCUUACAUCAAUCAAUUCCUCAAGAUCAAACAAGAAGCCUCGGGCUGGCCCGAUUGGUGCCGAACCGAAGAAGAUCGAGAAAAGUACAUCCAAAAUUACUUUGAGAAGGAGGGCAUCACAUUGGACCGAGAGAACAUAAAAAAGAACAAGGGGUUGAGAUCUCUAAGUAAACUCAUGCUCAACUCCUUCUGGGGGCGGUUUGGCAUGAGAAGCAAUCUCCCAAACGUUAAUGUAAUUAGCGAUCCUGCUCAGCUCUACGCACUUCUGACCUCGGAUGAGUACAGAGUGCUUGAUUUCAACUUCAUCAAUGAUGAGAUGGUAGAAGUUCGAUAUGUCAAGAAUGAUGAGUUUGAAGAGCAGAGUCCUCGAUCCAAUGUGGUGAUAGCUGCAUUCACGACGGCACAAGCGAGGCUAAAAUUGUACGACGUCAUUGACCGAGUGGGGGAACGUGUCCUGUAUUACGACACGGACAGCGUCAUUUACCUCGAAAGGUCAAACAGACCCGAUGAAUGGUGUCCUCCACUCGGGGAUUACCUCGGCGAUCUCACUGAUAAGCUGGAUGGGAGAUACAUAACUUCCUUCAUCUCAGGAGGCCCAAAAAAUUACGCCUACACAACAAACACCGGUGAGAGCACCUGUAAAGUAAAAGGGAUCACCCUAAACUACAGCAAUUCUCAGGUCAUCAAUUAUGAAACGAUGAAACAAAUGGUAAAAAAUGUAGGCUCGGGCCCUUCCGAAAAGAUCACCGUCACCAACCCCCACCAAAUCACUCGUGUCAAUAAAAGACAACGAAUCGAGACUCGAAUGGCGCGUAAGGACUACAGGGUCGUGUAUGACAAGCGCGUCAUCAAGCCUGACUUUUUUACCAUCCCGUACGGGUAUGUAGAGUAAUAUAUAUCAUUCGUGACAUUUUUUUUUACUCUUUAUCUUGUUUUUGAGGGGGGGGGGGGUUAUUUAUUUCAUGGAUGAUGGCACAUUGAAUCAUUUCUAUGAGUAGCCGUUAUGCGAGAAGCAUGCUCUCGGAGGGACAGUCUUAUGUCUUUUUUACAAGACCUACAUCAUUUAUAGGUCUUGUUAUUUUAUUUGGGGUGCAUACAGCAUUGUUCAUUUAUUUCACGUUGCAAUCCCUUAAACCAACCGAGGCUCCUUUGAACUCGACAUCUCUGGCAGUGGGGAUUGACCAACAAACGGCAGAAAACAUCGUAUCCACAACGUUGCAUGAUGGGUUGGACUACAUUCCGUAGUAGAGGAGUACGCCUCUGUUCGUUCUAUUAUUAUCAUACUUUAUGUAUGUUGAGAGAAUUCAGGGCAUGGAUUGGGAGAACCACGCUGCGUAUUGCACGUGCCAUCACCUACAUCAAUCCAUUGCACUCUACAUUCACCCCAUUUGCCGUUGGUAAGGCCAUACGAGGAGGGUUGACAUUUUGUCGACGAUUGUUACCAUGACCGUUAAAUUUGUGCAUCCUUUUACCUGCAUGGUGGCAGGCCCUACGGGGAGUGGCAAAACUGUCUUUGUACGAAAACUGUUAAAAUACAAUCAGGAUUUAAUUGAAAAACCACCUCAAAAAAUUAUUUGGUGUUAUGGCGUGUAUCAAAAAGCCUAUACUGAAAUGAUGGCCGAAGUGCCCACUAUAGAAUUCAUAGAAGGAUUUCCAAGUAGUUUUGAUGGUGUUAUUGAUCCCAACUUACGUAAUUUGAUCAUUGUUGACGAUUUAAUGGCAGAAUGCACAAAAGAUGCAAAUAUGACGAGUUUGUUUACGCGUGGAUCGCAUCAUCGCAACCUCUCUGUCAUAUUUAUUGUUCAGAAUCUUUUUCAUGCUGGUAAAGAGACCCGUACCAUCAGUUUAAAUGCUCAGUAUUUAGUCAUUUAUAAAAACCCCAGGGACAAAUCGCAGAUUACACAUUUAGGACGUCAACUUUACCCGGGUCAAACAAAAUAUGUGCAGGAGGCUUACAACGAUGCCACCAAAAAUCCUUACGGUUACUUGUUGAUUGAUUUAAAAGCGAACACGUUAGAAUCUCAUAGAUUAAGAACACACAUAUUUCCAAAUGAAUUUACUACUGUGUAUGUACCAAAAAAAUAAAAGUAUAAGGUAAGACGUGAAGUUGGGAAAUUAUCAUUAGUUCAUCAUGUCUCACAACGUAAAGACCCAUGUGCCUGAACUGCGCGUACUUGCCAAGUGCACUCCUCGACAGAGGAAAGCCUUUUUGGAGCAUGCAACUAAAACAUUGAUUACUUGUCUUUCGGAAUGCUGCUCAAAUACUUUAAAAGGCAAUGUACCUCUAACAGCUUCGCAAAAGAAGACUUUAUCUCGGUAUAAGAAACAUAUGCGAAAAGCUGCUGAUAAACGUAACAGUCAUAAAGUCAGAAAAGAUACUUUUGUACAAAAGGGAGGAUUUUUAAGCGCAAUUCUCGGUCCUAUUUUGCGGCUUUUGACGGGAUAGAUGGAGUAUACCAAGAAAAUGACGUUGGUACCGGAGGAAAUGGCACGGGCAGUUCAGGCAUCCAUGGGAAGUGCUCAACCCACGAGCAGGGUGUUAUCCAAGUUGGACGAGAGUAUUCAAUCCAUUUUACAAUCUAGCGGUGUAUCGGACAAGGAUAAAGUGGUCCAAUACCACGAAGCUUUGCAAAAAUAUCUACAAUUACAACAUCAUGAGGCAAGACCCACGUCGAUUCAUGUCAAAAUGACAGAACAGCCUCCUCUGGAGAGCAUCGCUCAAGAUGCACCCUCUCAGAGUGAGACGGAGCAUACCGGCUCCAUGAGGGAACAAGUUUUAAAGACGUUGCCCGUGACGUUGAAGCACAAAGCUAAAUUAUUGAUGGAUCACGUUUUAAAGAAACCAGAAAAUGAAUUAUGGGGAUGGAAUACUCGCGGUGAAUUGGUUUUUAAUGGUCGGGUCAUCGGAGGUUCCAACGUCAUUGAUUUGAUGUAUGAUGUAUUAAAAGAUCGUAACAUGGCCAAGCCUAUGGGUUGGCAAUACUUUUUACAGGUCCUGCGAGACGCCAAUGUACCAGAAACGUUGAUUUUGAACAAAGACAGACGUGAAAUCUUGCAACAUAUCAAACUGAAAGGGGCGAGUGCCACAAACUCCCCAAAAGUGUUAC